AAAAAACAGAGGGAAGAUAUCGUGAAAAACAAUCCGCACCGGGAAUGUUGUAUCGAUUUUGGUAUCUGUAAUGGGUGUUAUUGCUUGCGGUAUGUUUUACGAACUGUCUCCGCCACCGGUUUGUAGCUGUAGCGGUGUUGGCCAUUUGUUUAUAGCGAGUAUAAUCUCGCUCUUGGAUUAAUGCGAGAAGCGCUGUUGACUGCAAUGGGAAAUGUGGCUGGUGGAAAGAACCAAAGAGAAAACGUCCAAGGAAACCAAAGUCCUUAAUUCAAGGUCCUCAUGACUCUGUUGAAGAUCUCAGGAGUUAGUCUGGUCAUCAGGUCAACCGUCAAGGCUAACCCAGACAGCAGAUUGUCAGUGGACUAGACGCAGCUGCUAAGCUCAGUCACAAGCACAGUGGUGUCAGACCCCCUUCCACCCCCCCCUGCACAGUCAGUGGCUAACGGUUAGCUUGGCUAGGUGGCAACGACUAACAGUUAGCCUGCUAGACAGCAGAGGUCUUGGGGAGGAGAUACAGGUCACUGUUUCCAGGCGAGUGCCAGCACAGCCGGCGUGAAUGGCAUACGCUAGCCUUAACCAAGAGUCUGGAUGGGAGAGGGCGUGAGCAUGGACAAUCUUAGCGAGUUUGGUGGCCUUUGUCCGUCUGGCCGGCGGGAAUGGGACACCAGCAGCUGUGUGGAUGAUCUUAUGGAUGAAGAUGAGAAAGACAGAGCAAAAAGAGCGUCCCGUAACAAGUCGGAGAAGAAGCGCCGAGACCAGUUCAAUGUGCUCAUCAAGGAGCUGUGCACCAUGCUGCAGGGGCAGGGCCAUCCCCGCAAGAUGGACAAGUCCACCAUCCUGCAGCGGACCAUCGACUUCCUCCAGAAACAGAAAGAGAUCACUGCUCAAACAGAAUCAUGUGAAAUCAGACAAGACUGGAAACCUUCGUUUCUCAGCAAUGAGGAGUUCACCCAGUUGAUGCUCGAGGCUUUAGAUGGUUUCCUCAUUGCACUCACCACAGAUGGGAACAUCGUCUACGUGUCUGAUAGUGUAUCUUCAUUAAUUGGCCAUUUACCGUCAGAUAUGGUGGACCAAAACAUUCUGAACUUCCUCCCGGAGCGGGAGCAUGCCGAGGUCUACAAGCUGCUUUCCUCGCACAUGCUCAUGACAGACCCCAUUGCUGCAGAUUUCCUUGAUGGUGAAACACACAUUGAGUUUUGCUGUCACUUAGCCAGGGGAAAUAUUGACCCCAAGGAGCCUCCGACCUAUGAGUAUGUCAAAUUCGUCGGAGAUUUCAAGUUUCAUAACAAUGUGCCUACGUCGUCGUGUAACGGCUUCGAGCUGACGUUCCCCAGGACCCUGCAGUCCACCCUGGAGGACCAGGUCUGCCUUGUGGCCACGGUGCGCCUUGUCACCCCACAAUUCCUCAAGGACCUGUGCAAUGUUGAAGACCCAUGCGAUGAGUUCACGUCCAGACACAGCCUGGAGUGGAAGUUCCUUUUUUUAGACCACAGAGCCUCUCCUAUCAUAGGCUAUCUACCAUUUGAGGUCCUGGGCACCUCCGGCUAUGAUUACUAUCAUGUGGAUGACCUGGAGCUCAUAGCAGAAUGUCAUAAACAUUUGAUGCAGUUUGGGAAGGGUAAAUCGUGUUACUACCGGUUCCUGACGAAAGGCCAGCAGUGGAUCUGGCUCCAGACACACUACUACAUCACCUACCACCAGUGGAACUCCAAGCCAGAGUUCAUUGUCUGCACACACACUGUAGUCAGCUAUGCUGAGGUGCGGGCAGAGAGGAGAAGGGAAUUCGGACUUGAAGAGAGUUCCACUGAUAUGGCUGCCUCUUCUAUGAAGGGGCAGGAGGUCUUCAUGUGUCCCCCUUUGGAGGCUCCGACAGAGAGGAUCAGUGGGGCCCACUCAGUGUCCUCACACAGUUCCCGCAAGUCAUCGCACACGGCACUGUCGGACUCUGCCUCCAACUCUGAAAGAUACACAGAUGUCUGCACGUCGUCACGGAAAUCAGCCUCCAUUGGACCAGACAAGGGCUCCAGCAGAAUGUCACAGAGUGGCUCAAAGGCGCUGAUCCAGAGACAGGGCUCCUCAGAGCUCCUCCCCCUUUCACCCUCCUGCAGCCAGCACUCCGUCAUGCAGCAGCAACAGCAGCAGCAACAGCAGCAGCAGCAGCAGCAGCAGCAGUCGUCCAUGUACGGGUUCCAGCAGCCGCAGCUGGGGGUGAUGCACCAGCUGAAGGAGCAGCUGGAGGAGAGGACGCGCAUCCUGCAGGCCGACAUCAAGACCCAGCAGCAGGAGCUGCACGACAUUAAAGAGAAGCUGCAGCUUGCCAACCUACAGGUGUUGCUACAGCAACCAAUCCACAGUGAUUUCCCCUCGCCGCCGCCCCAACAGCAGGGCCCGGGGCGGCCGUCUCAGCACGGCCCGUCGGGUGUGAUCAGGCAGACCACAGGGCACCCCAAACCCACCAUGUGUGGACCCCACAGCUCCACAACCCCACACGCGCUACUGAGAGAUGCAUCCAACAGCUCCUCACCACAGCAGCAGCAGCAGCAGCAGCAGCAGCAGCAGCAGCGACUGGGCGGUGGUGGUUCUAUGCAGACAGUGAGCCUGCCCGUGCAGACCCAGACCAGCCUGACCAUGCCCUUCUACAGCAACCCCAUGCUUUUCUCCCACACCAACCCCCGGUCCCUACAGGAGUCCAGCCAAAGACACGCCGACACCACCCACUACGGACAGGAUGGACAGCUACGGAUGCUGCUAAACCAGCCCAUGCAGACGCUCGUGCAGGAUGGCAGUGGAUCUGCCCAGUCCUCACAAUGCAAUGCUGCCAUCCAGCAAACCAAAUACUCUCUCGAGCAGCAGAUGAUGCAGCCCUCGUUCCAGCAAAUGAACUGUAACGCUGUGCUGGUGCCCUCGGCGGUGCCAGUCUUCACGUCGCCCAUCAUGAUCCCCCACAACACCUUCAUCACCCACCAGGCCCAGGCCACCUACCAUCCUCAUCCUCAGCACCAGGCUCAGCAGCAACAGCAGCAGCAACAGCAGCAGCAACCGCAGCAGCAGCAACAACAGCACUUCUUUCAGAUGCAGCCCCAAGGUCUCCUACACAGCAGUCAAACUCAGGCCUUCUUCCACACCACUAAUGUCCAACAGCAAGGUGCUGUGGGCUACAUCCAGCAACAGCCACAGCAACAGCAACAACAGCAGCAGCAGCAGCAGCAACAGCAACAACACCAUUCCCAGACUCAAGCAGGCAGCCUAUCGGACUUCAGGAACUUGCUCCAGCGGUAGCCAUGCCUCCCAGGGAAAAGAGAGGCUUACGACCGCAUCGAGCACUUGGCCAGGGGUGAGGGGCGCCGUUUUAAAGGGAUGCUGGUGAAACAAAAACAAACAAAAAUAAACAAACGAAAUGAGCCGAAGGAGGCUCUCUCUCUCUCUCUUUCUCAAGGAGACAUAUGACUCUACUCCCUAGAGGACAAAGACAAGCGUGCUCUCUCAUAAACAAAUUGCUAUCAUGAGGAAGCCAAAGUCCAGCUGUUCCCACGGCGAUGCCCUCUGACCUGCGAGAUUCAGCCCCCGGAUGACCUUUUUGCCCUGUGUUGUCAAGAGUGGGGCACGGAAUGAACUGUUCAUGCAAAGGAUCUUGGGAGAUGGGUGUGGCUUGCUGUGCACGUGUGCAGGGGUGGUGCUUUCUUUUUGUUUUUCUGGUGCUCAAGGGGAGGGGAUUGUG